AUGUUUUGUCUAAUAAUUGGGCUUUUCAUCGCGUACAUUGGCUUUUAUACAUUGAGUCGACCGGAUCCAAUGCCAAUCAAUUUGAUUUAUGGAGUGCCAGGAAAAUGGUAUUGGCUGAAAUUUCGUUUGAUGCGUUUCGUCAUCGGACGACGGCAGAAAAAGGCGAAAGCUGGGAAGAAAAGCGAUGACUUGAUGAGAUCUCAAUUCGGUGGAUCUGGUCAAAGAAAAAUCGAGGAUUUAGAAAAGAAACACGAAUUUCCAUCUGGAAAGGAUUGGGCCGCGGAUGCUGUCUUUUUCGAUGCGGCAAACUCGGAUGGUUGGUAUUUCACAUUGGGAACGGCUCAGCGACAAAAAGACAUCAUCAAUCUGUUUUUUAUUCUCCGAGUUCCCGGAAUGGGCGUUUUUGUGAAUGAAGAGUUGACGAUGACUACUAAUGUUCAGAGUAUCCCUUCCGAAGACGAGUGGAAAACCAAAAGUUUCACUGUUAAAUGUAUAAAACCGAUGGAGAAAUGGACGAUCUCGUUUAAAGGAAAACUUACAAACUCACCAGGUCUUCGUUAUUUUGGACCUGAAGUUGGAUCUGAAGCUGGACCUGAGAAUCAACCAAGCGAGAAGGCGAUUCCCGGUGAAAUCGAGCUCGAAUGGAACAAUUUUGGUGAUUACUUUGAUUUUGACACUGAAGUCUCACCCACAUCGAUCGCUCACUCAUUAGCGAUUGAGCCAUGGAGUCGCGAUCUUUUCAAGAGACUUCAAGAGAGUCAUCAAACACAUUAUGAACAGUUUGGUUUUUUGACUGGUCGAGUGAGAGUGGGUGAGAAAGAGUUUAAUGAUAUUCGAAUGACAUCAAUGAGAGAUCACACAAUCACCUCUUUUCGACGAUGGACUGAUAUUCGGAGAUACAUAAUGAUGAUUUACCACUUGAGCGAUGGUACUUGUAUUCACACUUCAUUGAUUUCAAUGCCGGAAACCGUUUUCUCGCAUCUCGAAUUCGGAUAUGUGAUAACGCCCGAUAAACAAAAGAUUCCCGUUGAUCGGAUCCAUUUGCAUUUAUCGAAUGUUGGUGAAAAGAAGAGAUUCCCCGAGCAUUUCGAAUACUCAUUUGAUGCGGGCAAAUUCCAUUACGAUGUGAAGGUGAAAAUCAUCGAGACGUGCUCUUUCAAGAUGGGCGAAGAGCAAAAGUGUCAGGUGAAUGAGAAUAUGGCCGAGUUUGAAGCGAACGGGGUGAAAGGUUAUGGAUUUGUCGAAGCCGAGUACAGGAUUCAACCAUUC